UUAAUCAAGUUGCACCGGUUGACUCCUACAAGCUAAUGUUAGGCUAGUUAGAUGUAGCAAGCUAGCUUUAGAUCUUUCUAAUUGUGCGCAGCAGUGCGGCGGACAUUACAAACAGCACGUCUGUAGGACUGUAAUAACACUUCAUCGCUGUUGUCGUCAACGUCCUGGACUUUUCCCCCCCAGCUUUAAUCUUGCAGUGUUAGCCUGAGCUAGCUCGGCUAGCCUGCUAGCGUAUGGGGUGUCAGAGUUAGCAGUGACUUCACUGCCUGUCUGGUUUCCUCAUCUGGCAUUUUGGACACGUCAAGGUUUCUCAAAUCAGAACUCUGAUUUUGGGGGGGGUGUGAUGUCAGAACCCAAGAGCCCUACUCCCACCCCUGCUGGCGACACGUACAAAGGAUGGGUCUUCAAGUGGACAAAUUACAUCAAAGGUUAUCAGAGGAGGUGGUUUGUCUUGAGCAAUGGCUUGCUGUCAUACUACAGGACCCAGGCCGAGAUGGGUCACACAUGUCGGGGCACGAUCAACUUGGCCACAGCAGCCAUCUCAGUAGAUGAUGCCUGCAACUUCGUCAUCACUAACGGCGGCGCUCAGACCUAUCACCUGAAGGCCAGCUCAGAGGUGGAGCGUCAGCGGUGGAUCACUGCCCUGGAGCUGGCGAAAGCCAAGGCAGCUCGGAUGCAAGCAGAGUCAGACGACUCGGGUGACGACUUCCCCUCAUCAUCGGUGGGCGGAGGACAGGGUGGGGGUUCCCAGAACUCGGAGGUCCAGUCCACACUCAGAACGCUUGGCAGUAAAGUGGAGGAUCUCAGCACCUGCAACGAUCUGAUCUCAAAGCACGGAUCUGCCCUGCAGAGGUCUUUAUCUGAACUGGACAGUUUACGGCUGACCGGAGAAGCUGGGGAUAAAAUUCGUCAGGUGACAGAAAGAGCCACGCUGUUCCGUAUAACCUCUAAUGCUAUGAUUAAUGCCUGCAGGGACUUCCUGACCCUGGCACAAACUCACAGCAAGCGAUGGCAGAAAGCCUUGCAAGCCGAACGAGAGCAGAGGGUCCGGCUGGAGGAGGCCUUGGAGCAAUUGGCCAAACAGCACAAUCACCUGGAGCGAGCUUUCAGAGGGGCCUCGCAGGCUCACAGCAGUGCGGACAAUAAAGGUGCUGCUGGGCCUGGAAAAGGUGAGGCCAGCGACGAGGAUGACGAUAACGAGUUUUUCGAUGCGAUGGAGGACGCACCUGAGUUCAUAACCGUACCUGCAGACCCUCAGUUUCACAAACGUUCAAGCAGCAAUGCGAGUGGUUUGAAUAGUGACAUGUGUUCAGAUGAUCAGUCGCUCAAUGAGGAGCCUCUGGCAAUGAACCAGGAGUCCCCUUCACAGGAGCUGGUGCCGCUGAGGAAGAGACGAACGCGCAUCCCAGACAAGCCCAACUACUCUCUGAACCUCUGGAGCAUCAUGAAGAAUUGCAUCGGCAAAGAUCUGUCCAAGAUACCAAUGCCAGUGAACUUCAACGAGCCCAUCUCCAUGCUGCAGCGGCUGUCCGAGGACCUUGAGUAUCACGAGCUGCUGGACAAGGCGGCCAAGUGCCACAGCUCCCUGGAGCAGAUGUGCUACGUGGUGGCCUUCUGCGUGUCCGCCUACUCCACGACAGUGUACCGCACGGGGAAACCCUUCAACCCUCUGCUGGGAGAGACAUUCGAGCUGGACCGCCAGAGAGAGAGCGGCUACCGCUCCCUCUGUGAGCAGGUGAGUCAUCACCCCCCUGCCGCGGCGCAUCACGCAAUCUCUGACCGUGGGUGGACCCUCAGGCAGGAGAUCACUGUUGCCAGCAAGUUUAGAGGCAAAUACCUGUCAAUCAUGCCCUUAGGCACAAUUCAUGCCAUUUUUGAGAAGAGCAACAAUCACUACACAUGGAAGAAGGUUACCACCACAGUACACAACAUCAUAGUUGGGAAGCUGUGGAUUGAUCAGUCUGGAGAAAUCGACAUAGUAAACCACACCACAGGAGAUCGCUGCCACCUGAAGUUUGCUCCCUACAGCUACUUUUCCCGAGACGUAGCCAGAAAGGUGACGGGGGUAGUGAUGGAUAAAGACGGGAAGGCCCACUACGUGCUGUCGGGCACAUGGGAUGAGAAGAUGGAGUUCUCCAGGGUCAUGCAGAGCAGUCGAGGAGGAGAGAACGGCGCCGAGGGCAAACAGAAAACGGUUUAUCAAACCCUCAAGGCCAGGGAGCUUUGGAAAAGACACCCUUUACCCGACGGAGCAGAAUCCAUGUACUACUUCACCGCUCUGGCUCUGACCCUGAACGAGCCCGAAGAGGGGGUGGCGCCCACCGACAGCCGGCGCAGGCCCGAUCAGCGCCUGAUGGAGGACGGUCGCUGGGAAGAGGCAAACGGCGAAAAACAGCGGCUGGAGGAGAAGCAGCGCAGCGCCCGGCGUGAGAGGGAGCGAGAGGCUGCGAGCCAGCGGGCCUCAGGCCAGUCCGAGGAAGCUGUCGAUGAGGAUUCUUUUGUUGAUCACUCCAUGAAAAGUGCACCCCAUGACACCCACAAAGCGCUGUGGUUCGAGAGCUGUGAGGACCAGAUCACAGGUGAGCGAGUUCACAUCUACAAGGGAGGCUACUGGGAGGCAAAGGAGCUCGGCACCUGGGAGGGCUGUCCGGACAUAUUCUGACCCCUGAAGCGCUCUGAUUGGACUGAAGCACAUCGCAGCCGCACGGACGGCUCCACAACGUCCCGAUUGUCCCCCCGCUUGGCGGCUGCUUCCCUACAGCGGCUCUCUGUUCUAAGAGAACCACCCCUUCACCGCCACCUUCACCAUCCCCCCGGAUGGUCGCUGUUGUCUAAGAGGCACAGAGACGUAGAAGGAUCUGGCCUUCUACAUCCUACCAAGUCUCAGAAUCGGUAUCCCCUUCGUCAUGUAAACAAGAGGACUGGGAACGAUUUAUCAUCUUUUUCUUUUGUUUUUUAGGUUUCUUAGUUGGCUCGGUGCGGGCAAAUAAGCAGUGCUUCCAAAUUAAUUUGAGUCUGUGUCCAAGUCAGAUAAGAGGCUUCUCUUUCCUGUGUGAUGAAACAAUCCACACAGCACCAUCUAGUCUGGUCGUAACGCUAAGAAAAAAUAAAUAAAUGGGUAAAACCUGGCUAAUAUAUACAGUUAUAUUUAAAUAUGCUUAAACUUUGAUUGAAAUGUCAACUGGUGGCCUUGGAAAUGUUUCUGUUUCUCUCUGAUUUAGUGUCUUAAUAUAAAAAAGUGAAGGUUUGCUUGUUGGUGUGCUUGUGAGUAAGCCAUCCUAUAUGCUGUUUCAUUUCUAAAAAUUCCCAGCUGCCAUGGAUCACAGUGUGCUGGAGAAAAGACUUGAUCUUCUAGAACACUUACUGACCAUCAACACUGUCAUUUUAUAAAUGGAAGAUUUUUUUUUAACAAGGACUAAAGGAAGAUAAAACUGUAAAAAUAAGAAUCAUAACUCGGUUACAAGGUUUAAAGAUGUAUCGCCUUAAAAAAAAAAACAACCAUCCUGGUCUCAUCCGCUGUGUCGUCUGAUAAAAGAACAAAAUACCUGCAUUCAUAUGUAGUUUCUUGUACAAACAUUUUAAAAGUUUUGGAAAUUAACAGCAGGUUGGGUAUUUUUUUCACUUGCAUCUCACUUAAAUAUUUCUAUUCAGUGCUGAAUAAAAAUAGGAAUGAUGGGUUUGUAAAGUUUGGGUACGCAAAGGAGAAGUUAAAAACAAAUAUUUGAGGUGAAAGUAGAUAUAACAACCCCCCGCCCCUCCCCUGUUUGUCUGCUGAGGAGUAUUGUUUAUAUGCAAGUUUAAUUUAACACCAAAAACAAGUCAAAAUGUUUCCUCAUGCGUUGGUGUGUGUGUGUGUAUGGGUGUGGAUUUAAUAAAUUUGUAAGUGUACUUAAAAAUGAAGAAUUCAGACACAAAGAUGUGGCGGAUCACAAUGAAUUUAUACAUGUAUAGAAAUUCACGUUCUAGUGUUGACAAAUGUAGGUUUUUUUUUUUGUUUUUUGGUUCUUGUAAAGUGGGAGGACUGUCUUCAUUUUUCAGAGAAAAAGGGAAUUAUGUACUUGACUCAGAGUAGGGACUUGACAUUGUUCAGUAUUUUGUAUUAAUACAAAAAAAAAUCUGUAAUA